GUUAACAAAAUGAACAACAUACUUUUCGGUUGCAACCUUUCAAUAUUUUUGAAACAACGUGCACAUUUUUGUACUUCUUCAAGUUCUUUAGGUAGUUUUCGUGCCAAGUUAAAGCAAGUCUGGCCCAAAUUAUUUGAAACUACGUUGCCUACUUCGAAACAAUACACGCUCUUGAAACUUUUAGGAUUCUAUUCCAAAGAGAGUCAGAGUAUGGCAGCUGGUGCAAGGUUGUAUACGGAUUGUAUUAAACGGACGGAUGAUGAACAACUUGGUCUCUUGAAAGCACUGGAGUUGAAUCGAAAAUUUUUACCUCGUUUUCAAGCAACAGCUCUGCAUUUUUGGCUCGCUUUGUGUAGACUAAGAGCUGUUGGACAACCUUUGGACGGCAAGACUCGCUUAGAGUUGCCAGUCGGUGACCAAGUUAUUUCAUCUAACAAGACUGUGUUUAGCGAACAGCGCUCCAAGUUGUGUCGUGAGUGCUCACUAUUAUCGAAUGGUGCAUAUGAUCGGUUUUGGCGUGAAAUGGCUCGACGUUUGUAUGAAGAGGAAGGACUCAAUUCUCGUCAAGUUUCGAAGUAUAGCACUGAACUGGAAAAGAUAUUUUAUGGUUCGCUUUUAUUGUUAGAUGAGAGUGCUCGACAUGCGAUGGAAGGCGACCAAGGAGCUUCUUUAAGGGAAGCCAUUGACAAGGAUUGGCGUUCUUUGGCAGUGGAUGGACCUCGAAAGUUGGCUUUAGAACAAUAUAUUAGGAGUUGUUUAAAAGAGUUGCAACGAGUUCCUGAUGAUGCAGUUUUACAAGGUACUAUCUGGUUGAGAGUUGUUAUGCCAAACAAAAUGGAUAUGGCAAUAGGUUUACAGAAUCUUUUGAAAGAAAGGAAAUAAAAGUCGAUAUUGUCAAAAAAAAUCAGAAG